AUGCACUCGUUCGUCAGUCGUGUUCAGCAGCGAUCCAGCACGUUUUCGACGUAUGUGAUUAUUGCCUCUGUUGUUGUGGCAAUUGUAUCACUAGCACAGCUUUAUGUUAGCGGUGCAUUUGGUCUCCAAAGCGAGGUUGGUGGAAUCCGGCCGACCUUGAGCAUGAGAACUAGUAGAAGGUUUGGUUCAACGGGCAAACCUAAGGAAAACGUGCGCAUUGUUUUCGAUUUAGAUGCAGAUCUUUCUCCUUUAUUUAAUUGGAACACAAAGCAAGUCUUUGUUUACCUUACUGCCGAGUACGGUGGUGCUCGGGAGGACAUCAGCAACGAAGUCACAUUCUGGGACAAAAUCAUCACCUCGAAGGCCGAUGCUAAGCUGGCUUUGCAAAAUGAGCGCAGCAAGUAUUCGAUUUGGGACGUAAAAGAGAGCUUCGAAGGUCGCAAUGCCACUGUGCAUCUCCAUUGGAAUUUGCAGCCUAAAGUUGGAUUCUUGGUUUACGGCGAGACCGUGGCCCACGACAGUGAAAGCUCCAAGCCUUGGUUUAUUAUGCCCAGAGAAAAGAAUGCAGAUAAAGAGGCAUAG